UUCACACAAGAACAGGCUGACACCCUACACAUCUUUAAUAGUCUCUCUGUAAUGUCAAAUGUGUCAGAUUCUUACUCCAAUAACACUGAUGUAUUGUUGUAUCAGAGUUUACUGGAAAGAGUGGUCCUCUGUGGUUUUUCCACGGUUCCAGCCUGUGUGUUUCUCUGCAUUAAUGGGACCAUGUUAUUUACUCUAAGAAGUAAACCAGUGUUUCGUGACACCUGCCGUUAUAUUCUUCUGUAUAACCUCCUACUUGCAGACACUGCUCAGCUGGUAGUGAGUCAGCUUCUGUUUCUACUUGCUGUUUGUAGAGUAAGACUGACAUAUCCUGCAUGUGGUACCAUCGCUACAAUUGCCAAUCUCACAGGAGGAAUCUCUCCUCUCACACUGGUAGUGAUGUCACUGGAGAGAUAUGUAGCUGUGUGCUUCCCACUGAGGCAUGCCUCCAUCAUCACUACCAGAAACACAGCAGUGGCUAUUAUCGCAAGCUGGGCUAUUAGUUCCAUUAACAAUUUAACUCGGGGUCUUUUUUUAUUGGAAUAUUCUUUUGAAAAUAUGAGUAACCUCCUGAUGAAAGACUAUUGUUAUGACAUUACUUGGUUUCCAAGUACUCAGCGAGAUAACUAUGAUAAAGCCUACAUUUGUUUUGUAUUUGUUUCAGCUGGUUUGGCAGUAAUUUAUUCCUACACUGGAGUUGUAGUAGCAGCCAGAUCAGCUUCUACAGACAAAGCAUCAGCUCAUAAGGCCCGUAAGACACUGCUACUACAUCUGAUACAGCUAGGUCUCAGUCUGUCCUCAAUGAUAUAUCACACUCUGCUCAUAGCUCUUGCAAGAACUGUUUCACGAUUAGUUUUUGUAUGGGUCCAGGAUGUUUUUUAUGUGUUAUUUAUCAUUUUACCCAGAUGUCUGAGUUCACUACUUUAUGGUCUGAGAGAUCAGACCAUCAGACCUGUGCUACUGCAUUAUCUGUGUUGUCACUUCAGAUUCCCAGUUGAACCUGGCCUUGGCUGAAAAAAAAAUUGCUUGUGCAUUUUUGCUGGAGUAUGAAAAAAAUGUAAACAUCAAAGCAGUAUAUGAUGGCAUUGCUUGAAAUCAAUUAAGCAUUGUGUUAAAAUAUCAAUCCU